AUGAGUCCAAGUUCCGCAGGAAUGCCGAUCAUGACGUUGCCAUUUGAGCCCGUCGUACGACAGCCGCAUCGCCUGACGGUCAACGAUGACGAAUGGUCUGUUGUCGACACGGACCCAAGGGAAUUUCGAGGCACGGUGAUUCGCGGAGAUGGAAAACCAGCUGUGCCUUCACCGACCGAAAAGUCGGGCUUCUUCAAAGGAAGCUCGUUGACGUCUUCGUCCAGUAGUGGAAGCAGUUACCCACGGAAACCUUGGCGGAAGGAGACAGAGGUAUAGCC